AUGCUUAGAUGUAGGAUAUGGAACGAGCGAAGCAGUGCUUACGUCUGCGCCUUCUGCCGCCACCCCGCCCUGUCGCGGCAGCGUGACCUCGGUCGACCAAACUACUCCGACUCGACGAAAUCUGCAUCGAACGGCAGCAGAGGGUAUGCAUCAUGGGGAGGCAGCAAGGGCUCUAUCGGCAAGGCCAUACCUACGAAGUCACCCGGUCCGGCCAAGGGAUCUGGAUGGGGAGGGCCAGCAUUCGGCGUAGGCACGCCGUCGAAAGCACCGAGCUCUGAUGGCCCAGCAGCAGCAGCAGCAAACUCCGCACAGCGAGGCAGCGAACCCGACGACGGCCUCUUACCCCACGAACGCGCCGCGCGCCAGAAGCUAGCCGCCCAAAAAGCUGCACAGGAGAAGGCCGCGCAGGACAAGGCCGAUGCGACGAGAAAGGCCCAGGAAGCUCUAGGGCAGCCUGACCCGAGACAACGGGGCUCAAAGGGGCCACUUGUGAGCGGAUUUGGAAGCGGCGGUCUUCGAAGUGGCGCUGGAAGAGGCUUGGGAAGAGGCCUUGAGAGUGCCCCUAGAAGUGCAGGAGAAAAAGAAGAAGAAAAGAAGCCGAGGCAGUUUGCCAGUGGCUUUGGAGGUGGUCUUGGAGGUGGCUUGGGAGACGACAUCGGCGCAAACACAAAGCCACGAUCGCAAGGCGGUCUCGAGGAAAGACCUUUACGCUCAGCACCCAGAUCCGACUGGAGACAUCGCCAUGAUUCAGACCAAGCGCCACCAAGCACACCUGUACCUCAUCACAGACGCGCUGGAAGAGAUGGACCUGGUGGUCUGUCAUCCCAGAGGGACUCGCGUCAGCGGAAUGGUCUGGGCAAGUCAAACGCACUGGGCUCGGGCAGCUGGGGCCAACUCUCAAAGAAGUCUCAAGACUUUACCAUUGAUUCGGAGGGUCUCUCAAGAGAGAGCUUCUUCGGCCAAUUUCAAGAGCGGAUGGCUCAAAGCCACGACAGAAAGUCAUCGACAUUGCGAUCAGAACUUGGUGGCUUGAGCGAAGACGUCCCAGUUGACUAUGAACAAGCUGCACCGAGGGCUUCUCAAAAGCUCGAGUCCAAGACAAGAGAGUUUGAUGAGUCCUACGAGAUCAACCGUGACUCCCGACGACGCGACAGGACUAGCAAUCGUCGCGGGGAUACUUACGGAUCGUCUCGGGGGCCGUACAAGUCAAAAGCGCAACAACGGUGGGAGGAAGAUGCUGAUGACUGGGAAGAUGGCGGCGUGAGUGCUGCCGAACGCCGUCGUCUCAAAGCCGCGGCAAAAGCACAAAGAGCAGCGGAAGCUGCUGCAGCUGCAUCUGUGCCAAGUAUCUUCCUCCCAGAAUUCAUCAGCAUCUCAAACCUGGGCUCUGCGCUGAAGGUGAAGAGUCGCGAGUUUCUACGCGCUUUGGCAGAAAUGGGCUUCGAGGACAUCACUGAGGACAGCAUCAUGACGGGAGAAACCGCUGCUCUAGUCGCCCAAGAGUUUGGAUUCGAAGCAAAAGUUGAUACUGGCGCUGCGAGGGACCUCAAGGCUCGGCCUCCGCCGGAAGAUGUCACGGUUUUGCCGCAACGCCCCCCUGUUGUGACCAUUAUGGGCCACGUCGAUCACGGAAAAACUACGCUCCUCGAUUACCUCAGGCAAUCUUCCGUGGCGGCGCAGGAACACGGUGGUAUCACUCAACACAUUGGCGCUUUCAUGGUAAAAAUGUCUGAAGGGAAACUCAUCACUUUCCUUGACACACCUGGUCACGCGGCUUUCCUAACCAUGCGUCAACGUGGUGCCAACGUCACGGAUAUUGUGGUACUAGUUGUGGCAGCUGACGACAGUGUCAAGCCCCAGACUCUGGAAGCGCUGAAGCACGCCAGAUCCGCAAAGGUGCCGAUGAUUGUGGCCAUCAACAAGUGUGACAAGGAAGACGCGCGUCCGGACCAGGUCAAGGCCGACCUCGCUCGCCACGGUGUCGAAAUCGAAGACUUUGGUGGUGAUGUACAGGUAGUCUGUGUGAGCGGAAAGACUGGUCAAGGCAUGGCUGAACUGGAGGAGAAUAUUGUCACACUGGCCGAGAUUCAAGACAUGCGAGCCGAAGCCGACGGUAUGGCUGAAGCUUGGGUACUUGAAGCCAGUAUCAAGCCAUACGGUAAAUCUGCCAACGUACUUGUCAAACGCGGAACUCUGCGCCCAGGCGACUUCAUCGUCGCUGGCACUGCCUGGGCCAGGGUCCGGAUUCUGCGAAACGAGGCAGGACAGGAGCUGGAAGAGGCGCCGCCUGGAACCCCUGUCGAGAUUCUGGGCUGGAGAGACGAGCUGCCCGCUGCUGGUGACGAGAUCCUCCAGGCACCCGACGAAGAUCGAGCCAGGGUGGCUGUCAACUACCGUGAGGAGAUGCGAGGGAGAGAGGCAUCUUCGAAGCAACUGGCUGAGCAGGAGCUUCGCGAACGCGAGGCCAAGAUUGCUGCCGAGAUAGCGGCAGAGAUUGAGGCAGCCGAUGGGGACGCCGCCGAUCCAGCUUCGACCACAAAAAUCAUCAAUUUCAUGGUCAGAGGUGACGUUGUGGGCUCCGUUGAAGCCGUGUGCGCGACAAUCAACGAGAUUGGCAACAAUGAAGUAAGGCCUCGUAUCCUCCGGUCCGCGGCUGGUCAGGUUUCCGAAUCAGAUGUUGAGCAUGCCGAGGCAUCUGGCAGUGUCAUUGCCAACUUCAGCAGCACCAUCCCCGGCCAUAUCAAGGCCAUGGCCGAGCAAAAGGGCGUCAGGAUUAUAGAUCACAGCGUCAUUUAUCAUUUGGCGGACGACGUCAAGCAAGUCAUGUCGGAGUCCUUGCCGGAUAAGGUGUCGUCCAAGGUUGUCGGCGAGGCGGACAUUCUUCAGAUUUUCCCCAUCAACAUCAAGGGACGCAAGUACAAGAACAUUGCUGGAUGCAAGGUCAGAAACGGAUCGGUCACUCGAUCGACUAUGGCGCGCGUUCUGCGCGGAGGUGAAAAUAUCUUUGAAGGCAAGAUUGAUACUCUCAAGCACGGCAAGAAGGAUGUGAAUGAAAUCAGAAAGGGCUCCGAGUGCGGUAUCGCCUUUGAUGCAUUUACAGACUUCCACGUCGGCGACCAAAUCCAGAUGUAUGAGGAAGUGAGGGAGAAGAGGUCUUUGUAA